AUGCCAGCCCUGGUCGAGGAAGGCACGCUCACCAAGAGCGGGUUGCUGUACGAGGGCAAUUUCCACGGAUGGCGUGUCAAGGUCAAUGCAAUACUCAAGAUGCACGACUUGGACCGCGUGGUAUCUGAUCCCUUGCACUAUGCCCGCAACGCAUCCAAGGAACACAAAGCCGUCGAAAUCAUAACCAACCAUGUCAGCCCGGCAUUGUUCAAGCGAGUGCCCGUGGAGAAGCGAAGAUGCCCACGCCUCCUCUGGAGGAGCCUCAAAACGCUGGCCAAGCCGUUUCGACUGCUUGACCUUCCCGAUGAGGUUCGAAAUCGGACCUGCGGCUUUGCUGUUGAGGAUCAUACACAGUACGGCCAACAACCACCACCAUUUGCAAGGUGCAGUCGUAAGCUGCGCGACGAGGUUAGACCGCUCUGGGUGUCAUACAACUACUUCCAUCUGUCUUUCGACGAAGAUGCGCUGCUCGACUACGAAACUUUCGAGACACACGCCAGAACUUGGUUUCGGGAGUUCGGAGCUCAGAACGUCAAGUUUCUUCGUCAUCUGAAGGUUUCUUUCGAAGGGACUGCGCCCAAUGGCUCGCCCUUUUCAGGCAGCCUGAACUUCACGUACUCGAGUCGCUCGGGCUUCAAGGUGUCGACCGCUCAGUCACCUUUUGUUGGCGGCGGAAACAAAUGGACGGAUCGUUUCAGAUGGGACGUGUUUGUUGCGGAUAUUCGUGAACCAAUGCGAGGUGUGGAGGCUGAUCGCAAGAUGCUUGGACUUCAAGGCGAGAGUAUUCUGCUGUCUCUCACAUCAAGAUCGAUUGUUUGGGUCGAAGAAUGGCGGGCCUUGCUGAGGGCUUAUGAGUUGGACGGGCUUUACUAA